AUGGCGAAGAUCUCGCCGGGGGAGCCGCAGGGCCCAGAGGAGGUCAAGCGAGGAAGCCUCGCCGUCGAGUCGCAAGGCCUGGCGGAGCUCAAGCGAGGCAGCGCCGCCCUCGGCGAGCCGCGCGGCCUGGCCGACCUCAAGCGGGGGAGCCUCGCCGUGCCUCGGCCCAGCACCCUGCAGCCGCAGCAGGCCACGCCCGAGUCGCCGGGGGCCGCGGCGGGCUUCCAGGGCUGGGCUGCCUCGCCGGCUGCCAGCUUCGCCUCCAGCAGGGGCAGCUGGAGGCUCUCCGUCGCACGGGUGAGCAGCAAGAGGAGCUGGCAGCCCUCGGCGACUGGCUCCAGCGCGGACGUCAGCCUCCUGAGGGCCGCCGCGAACCCCACGGGGGCGGCCAGGCUGACGGUCCCGCGGCUGGUCAGGGCCGGCACUGGCUGGUACGAGUCCGACGCGACGGUGGCGUGCCACAGGCUCCUCCGCGGCAAGGCCUUCUCUUUCGUGACGAUGGGCUGUCUGUUCUGCGCCCUGUUCCUGUAUGACGCCUUCAUACUGCUGCAGGUCCCGUCGAACACGGAGUUGGACGUGGUUCUGACAUUGGUUCUCGUGGUCUUUUUGUGCGAGCUCCUUGGGCUGGCGCUCACGGAGAGGACGUACAAGGGGGGCUUCUUCUUCUGGAUGGAGUGGAGCGAGACCAGCGCCAAGGACAACGUCAUCCUCGUCCGGGCGGCCCGCGUGGCCAGACUCGGAGCGCGCGCCGGGCGGCUGACCCGAGUGGUGAAGAUCUUGCGCUUCAUGCCCUUCCUGUACCUCGAGCGGGAGGGUGACGACGGCAAUGUGAAGGUGGCCCACUCGAUCACCGGCCGGCUGAACAGCGGGCUGGCGAAGCGGGUCGCCUUCCUGACCAUCAGCAUCGUAGUGACGAUGCCAAUAUUCAAUAUGUUUCAGUAUCCAGAGAGCGACCAUUCCUUCACCUCGUGGGCCAAGCUCCUUGACAGGAGCGUCAAGGAGGUGCUGGCAAGCCCGGGCUCUUCCGAGAAGUCAGAGUUGAGAAAUUCUGAGUUCCGGCGCUUCUCAGAGUUCUACCAGGACCUGAACUACGGGCCCUAUGAGGUCUGCUACAGGGUGCCCGUCGGUGACGGUUUCGACUGCCAGGCGCUGACCCUGAGCUCCUCUUUCGAGAGGCCCAGGCGCCGAGCCUCCAUCAGGGAGGUCCGCGAGUCCGAUUUCGACGCGUUUUUCGACAUGUCUGUCGUCAAGGCGCAGGAGUCGGCUGCGAGCAUGGCCACGAUCGUUCUCAUUGUCGUGGUCAUGCUUAGCUUUGGCUUGCUGAUGAGCAACAGCAUAAGCGCGAUUGCCUUGGCGCCACUUGAGCGCAUGUUGAGCGUGGUGAGAGAACACUGUAAGCAGAUAUUCAAGUUCGCUGCGGGUAUCCAGGAGGAUAUCUUGCCUGAGGACGAGGAGAACGAUGACGUCAACGAGUUCCUGCUCCUGGAGGCUGUGAUCACGAAGCUCAGCGGCAUCGCCUCUCUCUCGACAAAGAGGAGCGAGCCCCAGGUCACCAAAGACAUGAGAGAGGAGGACAUCAUCAAGCUCAACUGGAUGCACGGCUCGGCCAGGCCCAAGGCGUCGCAGAUUGGUUCAGUGAUUGGCAGCGACGAGGGCACCCCGAACGCGAUCCGGUUGCAGCGGUCGCUGUUCUCUGUGAGAGUCUCGGCAGGGGGCUCGUCUGGAGCUCCCUCCUCUGGGACCCUGUCCCGGAACAGAACUGUAAGCAACAUGUCCCGAGCAAGAACAUUGAGCCUGAAAGACAGAACCCUGAGUGCUCAGCCUCGGGGUACGAUGCUGUUGAGUCCCACAUGGGCUGCCAGCGUAGUGUCCAUGGAUGACGAGACAUGGGAGGACGGUCUGUCCGAAAACGUGGUUGGAUCUUUAGACUCCGCGCAUUGCAACGUGCUGGUUUGGGACAAAGAGGUGCAACUAGGAGUCUGCGAGUACAUCUUCACAACUCAUGCGAGCUGCGCCGACUGGGUGACAGUUAAUGUCGAGAGCCAGACGCUGAAUAAAUUCAUUUCGGCCGUGCAGCAGGGGUACCCUGAGAACCCUUUUCACAACUUCGCCCACGGAGUAGACGUGCUUUGCUCGGUGUCUAGGUUCCUGCACCUAAUCGAAGCUGGGGGCUUCCUCACCGAGGUAUCACAGUACCUCUUGCUCAUCGCUGCCCUGGGACACGAUGUCGGGCACCUUGGCGUGAGCAACCAGUUUUUGAUUGACACCUCGCAUGAGCUCGCCUUGAAGUACAACGACCGGUCACCGAUGGAAAUGAUGCAUUGCUCGAAGCUCUUCCACAUCACGAAGGACCCUUCCUGCGACAUCUUCAGAGGCACAGAGAAUGACCUGUACAAGGACAUACGGAAAGUUAUCAUCGAUGGCAUCCUACACACAGACAUGGUUCACCACUUCAGCAUGGUCAAGGAGCUUGGGAUCUUCUACGAGGUCAAUUCUGAAUCGUUUGAUCGGUGCAGCCCUGGCUCCGUGGUGAACGAGUCACCUCAGUCUGUCCAGACAGUACUAAAUGCACUCCUGCAUUGCGCGGACAUCUCCAACCCGAUGAAGCCAUGGGAGCUUUGUCAUAGAUACGCUGACAUGGUAUUUGAAGAGUUCUUCGCCCAGGGCGACCAGGAGCGAGAGCUUGGGAUACCGGUGCAGUUCCUGAACGACCGCGAAAAGGUCAACAGGCCCAUUUCACAGAUCGGCUUCAUCGAGUUCGUGGUCGCCCCGAUGUGUGAGGCCUGCGUCCACCUGUUCCCUGCGCUGAACGACCUGGCCGACCACCUGGGCAAGAACACCUCCAGGUGGGGCGAGGUGUGGCAGGCCGAGUCGAGCCCCGAGCAGGCGGAGGUCGACAAGGUCCACGCUCGGGUCCAGAGGGUGCUGCUGCGCUGCACGGCCCUCGCCGGGGCGCGGAGGGCCAUCGCGAGUGGCAUGCCGCGGUCCCCGCCCUCCUCGCCCUAG